UGCACAGAACACCUUAAGAAAACGCGAUGUUAGAUGUGAUUGGCAAAGACAUUAUUCUAUCCUUGCUGUCCUGUCGUUCCGGGAUUACAAUGACGUCACACUGAUAYCCUUGCAUGGGUGAAUGCUAAAGAACUAUAGAGGCACAAAUAAUAGCACAAGCAGAGUCCAUAUCUUGCAAGUCUUACGUUAUCCUUUAAGCCUUCUUYAGCUAAUACAACAACAAUKUUUGUACUUAAUGACGCKUAAUUUCAUUUUCUUAUMAUUUCCUUCGGGGGAUUAUUCAUAUAUAAAACUAUCUGCAGCUGUUGGUACCAGCCUCAACUCUCCCUCCUAAGUGCAAUCAUCUAUUAUUGAGCGAGAGGCCGUGCGUGGAAAUGUGUGUAAGAAGGUGGAUUUGAAGUAGAAUUGGUUACAAUCGAUCAAGGGUGAAGAAUAUUCCUGAUGUUAACAAAAGAAGCAGCUAUGUCUUUCUCUCAGUUUGGAUAUCCUUACAAUGCAACUUCACAGUUUUUCGUGUCGGCAAACCCCAGUACGACUUGCUGCGAUUCGAUUUCCAGGUCGGUCUCUGACGGGACGAGCGGUACCCAGACUCCUGCUACCUUCUGCUGCCCUUCCUACGAGAACCGGCUCCUGUCCAGCACACGGACRGAGCUCAACGCGGCACUAGGGAUGUAUAGCUCGCCCUACGCUGCCGCGGCCGCCGCCAGCCAGAACUAUGCCAGCUACUUCCCCUACAGCGCCGAGCCCUCCGCUGCUAUCUACUCAUCUCUGAAUCCACAGUAUGAAAUGAAGGAUGGCACAGGCACUCUGCAUUCUGGCAUAAGUCAACCUGCCACCUACUAUCCUUAUGACCACUCACUGGGCCAGUACCAAUAUGACAGGUAUGGGACUAUGGACUUUAAUGGGUCAGCCAGGAGGAAGAAUGCCACACGUGAGACCACCAGUACCCUGAAGACAUGGCUGUACGAGCACAGGAAAAAUCCCUACCCCACCAAGGGGGAGAAGAUCAUGCUGGCCAUCAUCACCAAAAUGACCCUCACCCAAGUUUCCACCUGGUUCGCCAACGCCAGGAGGAGGCUAAAGAAGGAGAACAAGAUGACCUGGUCACCAAAGAAUAAGGCUGGGGACGACAGGAAGGACGACCUGGAUAAAAGUGACCAAGACUGUGUCACCAAAGAUUCCAGUGAGUGUAAAGAUGAGAAAGACCUUMAUCUGAGUGACCUGGAGGACAUGGAGGACGAGGACUGUGACAAGCUGGACAGUGACUGUGAGAAGAUGGCCCCCAGGGGCCCYGAGGAACARMRGGACCUCCACAGGGCCAUGUCCGGUGGUGGUGUUGGCCCUGGAGGCCCUCCAAAGAGAGACUGCAGCUCAGAGCUCUCCCUCUCCUUGCCCAACAGCUUCCACCACUCAUUCCCAUGUGGUAUCAGGASCCUACCCGCCCUGCCCUCUCUACCCGCCAUGCCSUCGGACUUCCUUGAUCCACUGGUGAMGUSCAAGCCCCCSUCCACCACCACCACCAUCCCCACGGGCACUCACACUGUGUCCCUGUCACACUUCGAGGUGUCGGACCGGGAYAARCCGAGGAUCUGGUCUCUGGCGCGUACAGCGGCCACGGGGGUCAUCCUGGGCUCUGCUCACCACGGGGCYCCAGAGCUCCGGACAGGGAGYAUGCUGGGAGACUGCCAGCUACAGGGGACCAGGCUACCAGUGACUGGUACCGGACAGUGUGGGCCCCUCAGGGGCCUCCAGGAUCCUACUAACAUAUCCAAUGCYGAGAACCCUUUCCAGGAGGGCCCCUUGUUGCAAUCUAAGGUCUAUAGUGCAGGCAGCUACAACCACAAGGCCCUCCAACUGCACUGUUCCUCCUAUCCUGCGCUUUCAGACUCAUGCCAGUACUCCACUAUCGAAGGAUUCCCCAGUGGGAAGGCAGAGACAGAGCCCUCGGAACUCAGUGACACAUGUGUGACCCUGCAGGAUGACAAGGUCACUGCCUUCAGACCUGUGAUGAAGAGGUGAGGAAGGUUGAUGGACACGCAGUCAUUACACAGUGGGACUUUUAUUUAGCCGGUAUUAGGCUAUGCACUAUAAAGACUUGGGAUGACGAGCAUCGGACAUCCUACCUACCUUACACCUGGGAACCGCGGCGCUCCGCAGUCAAAGCUCGAUGAGCCCUGUCCAAACUGUGAAGCUGCCAUGAUUUGCACAACGUUGUUUUUAUGGUGUUGACGAUGACUUUAUGCAAGACUUUCAAAUGCAACGGUAUGGAAACUGACGGUCAAUUCAUGAUGUAUGCAAUGGGCAAUCGUAGUGUAGCAAUGUUAUUUAUUAUUUGUGUAUUUAUUAUUUGAUUCCUCAACUGUUCAUUUAUUUAUUUCGUAUGUGUAAUUUAAAUAUUUUGUUACAUGUAUGUAUUGUUUCAACUGUGGUUGUGUGCUAUUUUUACCUGAUUUAACGGGGAAAUACUUAGCUUGUUGUUGUCUUUCUGUUCGC